AUGUCCAGGACGCUGAAGAAGAAGAAGCACUGGUCCGGGAAGGUGGUUGAGUGCGCGGUGUCCUGGGGCAACCUGGGGGACUUCGGCUCCGUGGUGGAGGUGCUGGGGGGCGCGGAGGUGGGCCAGUUCCCGCACCUGGGGCAGAUGAAGCUGGACGUGCUGGUGUGCCACGUCGGGAAGCUGCCGUACUACGGGGACGUGCUGCUGGAGGUGAACGGGACGCCCGUCAGUGGACUUACAAACCGGGACACCCUGGCUGUCAUCCGCCACUUCCGGGAGCCGAUCCGCCUGAAGACCGUCAAACCAGGUAAAGUGCUGAACUCGGACCUGCGCCACUACCUCAGCCUGCAGUUUCAGAAGGGCUCGCUGGACCACAAGCUGCAACAGAUCAUCCGGGACAACCUCUACCUACGCACCAUCCCCUGCACCACACGGCUUCCUCGAGAUGCGGAGGUGCCUGGCAUCGACUACAACUUCAUCGAUGUGGGAGACUUCCGGAUCCUGGAGGAGAGUGGACUUCUCCUGGAGAGUGGCACCUAUGAUGGUAACUUCUACGGGACCCCCAAACCUCCAGCCGAGCCCAACCUGGUGCAGCCCGACCUGGUGGAUCAGGUGCUGUUUGAUGAAGACUACGUCGGUGACGUUCCCAGAAAACGCACCACCUCGGUGAGCAAGAUGGACCGGAAGGACAGCGCGGUCCCCGAGGAAGAGGACGAUGACGACAGGCCACCGCUAGUCAAUGGAUUGCCCGAGCUCAAAGAGAGGGCGGACUGGAGAAAAGCAGUGCCCAGCUACACCCAGUCCAGCAGCUCCAUGGACUUCCGCACAUGGAGCUCGCUUCCCCGGGAUGACAGCCUGGAGCCGCUGCCCCUUAACUGGGAGAUGGCUUACACUGAGACCGGCAUGGUCUACUUCAUAGAUCACAACACCAAGACGACCACGUGGUUGGACCCCCGCUUGGCGAAGAAGGCGAAGCCCCCUGAGAAGUGUGAGGAUGGAGAGUUGCCUUACGGCUGGGAGGAAAUUGAUGAUCCACAGUACGGCACAUACUACGUGGACCACAUCAACCAGAAAACCCAGUUUGAGAACCCGGUCCUGGAGGCGAAGAAGAAGCUGAUCCAGGAGACGGCUGCGAUCCAACAAGCUGCAGCGGUACCGGCCAAAGGCAAGGGAGGCGCGUCCGGCUUCACCCCGGACCCCAACCAGCUGAAGGGGGAGAUGUACCACACGGCGCUGAAGAAGAGCUCCCAGGGGUUCGGCUUCACCAUCAUCGGAGGCGACCGCACGGACGAGUUCCUGCAGGUGAAAAACGUGCUCGGCGACGGCCCGGCCGCCCACGACAACAAGAUGUCUUCUGGCGACGUGAUUGUUGAGAUCAAUGGGCUCUGCGUGCUCGGCAAGACUCAUCCAGACGUGGUGCAGAUGUUCCAGUCCAUUCCCGUCAACCAGUAUGUGGACAUGGUUCUUUGCCAUGGAUACCAGCUCCCCCCAGACGUGGACCUGAGCAGCGACGACCCUCUGCCACCUCCUCCUCCUCCGUCGGCUGGCCAGCCACAGCAGGCCCUGCACGGGGGGGAGGUGGUGACGGCCGUGCCCCUCAUCAACGGCCAGCCGCUGCUGGUGAAAGGCGACGUCCUGCACGGCUCCUCCCAGGAGCUCCACUACGUCACCACGGACGCCAGCGGGCGGCCCGUUGUGGCUGCCAUGCCCAACGGCCGGCAGGGCGAGCUGGCCGGGAUGCUGCAGCCGGAGUUGGUGAGCGUGCCGCUGAUGAAGGGGCCGGGGGGGUUCGGGUUCGCCAUCGCCGACUGCCCGCUGGGCCAGAAGGUGAAGAUGAUCCUGGAUGCUCAGUGGUGCCGCGGCCUGCAGAAAGGAGACGUCAUCAAGGAGAUCAACAGGCAGAAUGUGCAAACGCUGAGUCAUGCUCAAGUGGUGGACAUCCUGAAGGACCUGUCUGUGGGCAGCGAGGUCGAUGUGCUCGUGCUGCGAGGAGGUCAAACCUCGCCUGUGAAGAGUCUCAAGCCUAGACAGGAAAUGACGGCCAGCACAGAGACCCUGGACGGUAUCGGCGACUCGGCGCCCCAGGCCUUGGCGUACCACUCCAACACGAGCACCCUGCGCUCCAUCGACUCCCCCAAACGAGACGCCACCGAGUUGUACCUUAAGUCCAAAGCCCUGCUGGACAGCAGACAGCCGCACACCAAAGACAUAGAUGUUUUUCUAAAGAGAGACAUUGAAACAGGCUUUGGCUUUCGGGUUCUGGGAGGAGAAGGUCCACAACAACCAGUGUACAUCGGGGCCAUCGUGCCCUGCGGAGCUGCCGAGAAAGACGGUCGUCUGCGAGCAGGAGACGAGCUCAUCGGCAUCGACGGUGUGAUGGUGAAAGGUCGUUCUCACAAGCAGGUGUUGGACCUGAUGACCAACGCCGCCCGAAACGGUCAAGUGAUGCUGACUGUGCGAAGAAAGGUCAUCUACAGAGAUGCCACAGAUGAGGAGCUUCUGGAAAUGACUCCAGUGCUGGUGAACGGUUCCCCCAAGCUACCUCGCCUGCCGAUGCCCAGCGCUCUGGACCACGAGUCCUUUGACAUCACGCUCCACCGCAAAGAUAUCGAGGGAUUUGGCUUUGUCAUCCUCACGUCUAAGAGCCGACCGCCGCUCGGAGUUAUCCCACACAAAAUUGGCCGAAUCAUCGAAGGCAGUCCCACCGACCGCUGCGGCCUGCUGCAUGUCGGAGAUCGGAUCUCGGCGGUCAACGGGCGCUCCAUCAUCGAGCUCUCUCACAAUGACAUCGUGCAGCUCAUCAAGGAGGCCGGCAACGUGGUCACUCUCACUGUGGUUCCGGAGGACGAAUACAAGGGCCCUCCGUCUGGAGCGAGUUCAGCCAAACAGAGUCCGGCUCUGCAGCACAGGGUCAUGGGUUCAAGGUCAGCACUUCAGGAUGAGCGUUAUAACCUCGACCUAGAGGAGAAGAGGGACGGAGUCAACUGGUCCGACCACAAAACGCUUCCCCUCAGCGAGCAGGGGACUCUGUGUGUGACCGGACCCAACCAGGGCUGUCUGACGGUGGAGCUGGAGCGAGGACCUCGGGGCUUCGGCUUCAGCCUUCGGGGGGGAACAGAGUACAACAUGGGCCUGUACAUCCUGAGACUCGCGGAGGACGGAGCCGCUCAGAUCGAUGGACGAAUCCAUGUUGGAGAUGAGAUAGUGGAGAUUAAUGGGGAGCCGGCUCGUGGCAUCUCUCAUACACGGGCUAUUGAGCUGAUCCAGGCCGGAGGAAACAAAGUGGCUCUGCUGCUGCGUCCCGGAGCCGGCCUGGCUCAAGAUGGAAGUAGUACAGCUUCCUCCACUGUGUGCUACUACACUGAGCACCAACACUAA